AACCCAACUAACUUAUUGGUACAUACCGGCUGCCCGCCUCCUCCGUCCUCCCCUCCUCCGCUAUUCCAACGACCGUCUCUCCCUAUUCCUAGUACCCACUUUACUUCAUUCCCCGUUCUAUUGUUUUCUUUCUAAUUUCCUCAAUUAUUGCCAACCAGUCUGGUUGCAGGUUGUCCUAAUCGCGACUUGGGAGAAAGGGGAACUGUGGACGUGUGCGCUCCAGCUAUCCGUCAUGGCAUCCCAAACCCCAGCCGUUGUCAUGGACAACGGUACUGGAUAUUCUAAACUUGGUUUCGCCGGUAACGACUCGCCUUCGUUUGUCUUUCCCACCGCAAUUGCUACCAAAGCUGGUACUGGAGCCACUAAGCCUCCUGUUGCGAACAAGCCCGGAUUCUUAUCUGCAGGUGGUGGGGCGAGCUCGCACUUGUCUGCGAAACGUGGUACAGAAGACCUGGAUUUCUUCAUCGGUGAUGAAGCUCUAGCUGCUGCCAAUGGUCCCGGAUAUGGCAUUAACUAUCCCAUCCGGCACGGUCAGAUUGAGAACUGGGAUCAUAUGGAACGGUUCUGGUCGAACUCAAUUUUUAAGUACUUGCGCGUCGAGCCAGAGGACCAUUACUUCUUACUUACUGAACCUCCCCUGAACCCUCCCGAGAACCGUGAGAACACUGCGGAGAUCAUGUUCGAGUCGUUCAAUUGCGCCGGUCUUUACAUUGCAGUUCAAGCCGUGCUUGCACUCGCCGCCUCAUGGACGUCUUCUAAAGUGACCGAUCGAUCCCUCACAGGAACUGUCAUUGAUUCAGGUGACGGUGUCACCCAUGUCAUUCCCGUCGCGGAAGGCUACGUCAUCGGGUCCUCCAUCAAAAGUAUACCCAUUGCCGGUCGAGAUAUCACGUAUUUCGUACAAAGCUUGCUUCGUGACCGAGGCGAGCCGGAUAGCAGUUUGAAGACAGCAGAGAAGGUCAAGGAGGAAUAUUGUUACGUGUGCCCGGACAUCGUCAAGGAAUUUGCUCGCUAUGAUCGUGAGCCCGACCGCUUCCUCAAGCAUACUGUCACCUCGCCUAAUGGCCGUUCGGUGAAUAUCGAUGUCGGAUAUGAACGUUUCCUUGCUCCUGAGAUCUUCUUCAACCCUGAAAUCUAUUCUUCGGACUUUCUGACUCCGCUGCCGAACGUCGUUGACGGUGUCAUCCAGUCUUCCCCUAUCGAUGUCCGGAGAGGUCUUUAUAAGAAUAUUGUUUUGUCUGGAGGAUCCACGCUAUACAAGGACUUUGGUCGGCGUUUGCAGCGUGACAUCCGGCAUCUAGUCGAUGCUCGCAUUCGUGCGUCCGAGGCCCGCAGCGGUGGCGCCAAGAGUGGUGGAUUGGAUGUGGCUGUUGUGACGCACAAGAGGCAGCGGCAUGGGCCAUGGUUUGGAGGUAGCUUGCUGGGUCAGACACCGGAAUUCCGCAGCUACUGCCACACCAAGGCAGAGUACGAUGAGAUAGGCCCCAGCAUUGUCCGGAGAUUUGCCCUUCUCGGAGGCCCGGGCAGCACGUAAAUAGAGGAGCUUAGUUGUCAGUCAGUGUGUUCAUUAGCUUUUUGUCAAUAUUUUUCUUUCUUUUACGAUGAUUCGCAGCCCUCUUCAAUCUGACGCUGCGCGUUUUCAUGUAGUUGGGUAGAUCAGAAGGAAAAGACCUAACCUGAAUACUCCCGCUCAAUGUAUGUAUGUAUAUAUGCACUAGAGUCUCAUGAGCGGCCUCCUCUUUUGGAUGCUCCUAUAGGAACAGAGAGUGAUCAAAACGUUCCAAGGCCUAUCAUUUCCUGGUACCUACUUGUACCCACCACAGUCAAGACUAUACAUCGAACUACCGCCAACUUAAUAGCAAUGGAGUU